UUUCAAAAGCUUGCCGUUCUCCUCUCCAGGGAGUCCGUGGUGAACCGCGUCUUCAACAAGCUGGCCCCCCUCCAUGACCGGAUUUACUGUGCCCUCUCUGGGUCAGCUGCUGAUGCCCAGGCCAUUGCUGAUAUGGUGCAUUACCAGUUAGAACUGCACAGUUUGGACGUGGAGGGACCCCCACAGGUCCUGGCUGCGGCCACCGUGGUGAAGAACAUCAGCUACAAGUACAAAGAGGAGCUCUCAGCACACCUGAUUGUGGCAGGAUGGGACCCCAGGAAAGGUGGGCAGGUGUACGGGACGCUCGGAGGAAUGAUCAUCCGGCAGCCCUUCAUAAUUGGAGGAUCAGGGAGCACGUACAUUUAUGGCUACGUUGAUGCCGCCUACAAGCCUGGAAUGGACCAGGAAGAAUGUCGCCUGUUUACAAAAAAUGCCAUUGCUCUGGCCAUGGGCCGAGACGGUUCCAGCGGGGGCGUUAUUUACCUCGCCACCAUCACCAAAGACGGCGUUAAGGAGGAAGUGAUUGUGGGAGACCAGAUCCCGAAGUUCUACGAUGAAUGAAUUCCUUCUCCCCCAUCCCCUGCUUUAUAUCUAAUCAAUGUCACUAAAAUAAAACUGUUUUUGACCCAUAGGCA